AUCUUCUGACAUUAUUAUGUGAGAGGCAAUAUAGUGCGCUGCAGAAUAGGCAGAGGAGGCAGAGAGAUGAAGAAAAUCGUGUCGAUGCUGUUGUUGGCGCAGGUAGCCCUGGCCGCCGACCUGUGCACCCCAACCCCUGCCGAUCUGAACGUCAACCCCUACGGCGUCGGACAGAAGGUGAUGGUGGUGGCGCUUUUGGACGCCAGCUGACACAUGUGCCAGAGGCAGGCUGUCAAGUUGCAAAACCUUCAGCUGCGCCUCGAGGAGAGCGAAGAGCUCAGAGCCAAGACCUCGUUUGUGAUCGUCAACGAAAAUCACCGCAGGGCCAGGGAAGAGUUCGACCACCUGCGCAAUUUGGCUGGACAGAAAAUAAUCACUAUUCAAGGAAAUGGACAGGAAUGGAAAUCGGUCAAGGGUCGCAAGGACGACAUUCUCAUCAUUGAUAAGUGUGGACGAAUUUCCUUCCACUUGAGUCUGCCGUGGAGUAAACUACAGCUGGCGUACGUCAAGGCGGCCAUUGUUGCCACCAUCAAGGAUCAACCCUGUGGCUCCUGCUCUCAAACGAUAGAUCUAUCUGAGAACAGCUUGGAUCGGACCGUCAGCGCCACACAGGACGUCUUGCCCAUCAUUCAAACGCUCACCAACACUACAGAGGAAAAUAGCAACAAUGCGAAUGGGAUCGAGGAGGAGCAGAAGAAGCAGCGGCAACUCAACUGGAUGCGGCCCUACCUCAACUACGAACUUUAAAUUAAUUGAUAUAUUCCAAAUUUGGGAACACAAUUUGAAUCAAUUUCCUAUGACGAAGUCAAUUAAACCACAAAUGAAGUGGAAAUUGAUUUUCUGACGCUUUUAAUGAUUCACUUUGGUUUCCAAGUUGACAGAAUUAAACCUUUAAAGUUGACAAUAAACAAAAAUGCAAUGGGAUUUUUAUUCAAAAUACAAAAUAAUAUUUUAUGGC